CCUAUCGCCGACCGGCGAUCCGAUAGCUAAAUUCCAGCUAUUGUGGAUUAGACAACGUUGCAAGCAUUCGUCGCCAUUUCUUGAUGUGUUGACUGCGUUUUGUCGUUCGUGUGUUUGAAGGAAUAUUAAAAGCAACAAAUUCUGGGUUUCUCAAGUCAAAUAACAUGCAGAAACUAGAAACGGCGAGUUCGGAAAAACUAACUAAGGAGAGUUCUCCUGUUUCAAAUGCUGUCUCUACGCCUUCCAUAUCUACACCCCAAAAUUCUGUCAAUGGUACUGCUGCCUCUGUGGGAAAUAACAGUGGAAGAGGAAAACGUGGAAGUGGUAGGGGUGGCAUAGGAAGAGGGGGACAAUCAGGGAGAAACAAUCAAGGAAAUGGGAAAAAUGGUAACAACGUUGGCCGGUUUCAGCGUAAUACAAAUCAAGUUGGUCAAAGCCAUGGUGAGAAAAAAUGGGAAGAUAAUUCACAUGGUAAUGGGCAUCAAAAACUGUCAGAGGAUCGCCAAUUACUAGAGAAACUUGCAUCACUGUCCAAUUCUACUGCUGAUCUACCAAUCAGAUCCUUUACAGAAACUAAAUUUUCAGGCCGCAGCCGUCUGUAUGUUGGAAACCUUGGAAAUGAUAUAGUGGAGCAGGAUUUAAAGGAACACUUUUCUGCAUAUGGAGAAAUUGCAGAAGUCUUCCUCAAUAAGGAAAAGGGAUUUGCUUUUGUCAGGCUGGAUUACCGUUCCAAUUCAGAAAAGGCAAAACGAGAAUUGGAUGGGAAAGUUUUGAAAGGUCGUACGUUGCGCGUUCGCUCUGCUCCACAUAGCGCCGCUAUUCGUGUGAAAAAUUUGUCUCCCUUCGUAACAAAUGAAUUAUUGGAAAAAGCCUUUUCCAUAUUCGGAGAUAUUGAAAGAGCUAUAGUGGUUGCUAAUGAGCGUGGACAAUCAACGAACGAAGGUGUUGUUGAAUUUGUGCGCAAACCAGGAGCCCAGGCUGCAAUUCGGCGUUGCACCGAUGGCUGUUUUUUCCUAACUUCGUCAUUACGUCCCGUUGUAGUAGAACCAAUGGAACAAUUAGACGAUGAAGAUGGAUUUUCAGAACGCGCAUUUGCUAAAAAAACUCCGGAGUUUACUAAAGAACGCGAAACGGGGCCAAGGUUUGCUGAACCUAAUAGCUUCCAGUUUACUUACGGUCAACGCUGGAAGCAAUUGUUGGAACUGUAUAAGCAAAAAAUGGAUGCUGUUGAGCGGGAAUUGAAAAUCGAAGAAGAUAAGUUGGUGUCCCAGAUGGAAUAUGCUCGAUAUGAACAUGAAACCGAACUGCUUCGUGAACAACUCAGACUACGUGAGCAGGAUCGCGAGAGACAAAAACGUGACUGGGAAUUGAAAGAACGCCAACACGAAGAAUCCAGGUUACGAGAGGAGGAAACUCUUCGUCGACAACAGGAUGAAAUGCAGCAUCGAUUGCGCCAGCAGGAAGACGAAAUGCGUCGGCGUCAACAAGAAAACAACAUGUUCAUGCAAGAGCAAAACACAGAUGGAACUCCUCCAGAUUUUCGUCGACCUCUCCAACCUCCCACAUUUGAUCGGCCAAUGAUGGGUGGUAAUGGACCUCAUAAUCUCAUGGAUCUGCAAAUGGAAAAUAAGCCGUUCCACAACUCCUUUGAACAGCGGCCUUUGGAGCCGCCACCGAUGUUUAACAACAUGCCCAUUGGGGGUCGUAUGGAUGGUCCCAACAACAACAUGGGAAACAUGCCACCCCGCGGGCCACCUCACGGAGUUUCUGCUCCGAGGUGGGGCCGACCCAACGAACGCGAUCGUGAGGAUUUUCUGGUAAAACGUCGCCGUUUCUGAGAGAUUGGUUAUACUAUACUCUCUCUGACUUACUUUCAGCCUAUUCUUGAAAGGCAUCAAAACAAAUCUCGUGCAAACCUUAAAAAAAAAAAAAAAAAAGACAAGAAAAAAAAACCACGAAAACAAACAUUUUUAAAAAUCAUUGUGUUCCUUUUUCUUUAUUUUUUACGACAUUAAAUCUCUGCUUGAAUUAGUUCCGUUUCUCAGGUUAAAUCUGAGACAAGCUAUUGUCUUUUUCUUUUCUUUUUUCUCUCCCUCUCUCUUUCUCGUUUUCCCUCCUUUUUUUCUGUUUUUUUCUUUUUUUGUUUGAUUAUUGCCUUUUUUGUAAGUCGUUCGACUCUUGGUGUUUUGAUUUCUUAAUUGUCCUCACUUAUAUCUGCCAUCCCAACCAAUCCAAACUAAUUUUUAAAACAUGACUUUGAUUGGUUUUGUUGGUAAAAUGUGUACUACACACAAAAUCGAUGACCUGUCGAAGAUCAUCUUUCUUGUGUGCUUCUUCUUUCAAAAAUAUAAAAAAAAAAGAAAAAAAUCUUUUUACAAACAAAUUUUUACGCCAAUGGCAUAAAGGUGUUAUACGGGGGAUUGACAACUCAAAGACGAAAAUUACGACACUUAAAAUUUUUCCUCACCUAUGGUGAUUUCAUCAAGCGUACGAGAUUAAACCUCUUAUGAUUGAUAUUUCCAACAUCUUGUAACGGUUGCCAACCCCAUGGCUUCAUGUAUUAGACAUUUGUGUAUGACUAAUGUCUAUGCGCAGAAAUUGUUCUUUUUAGCAAAUAUCAGAAGCCCUUCUAAAAAAAAUGUGUUUGCAAGUGGCUAAGCUGCUUUUAAAAAUCUUUUUGUCCUGCUCGUACUUUGGCUUCGACCAGAUAUCGCCACUCCUUGAUUUUAUACGUAGGUUACCUUGAUCACACCAUAGGAUUUAAAGCUUCACAGUGAAGAAAAGCACUGAAUGCUCAUGUCUUCCUCAAAUGACGUCAGUUGCACAUCAGCUUGCAGAUGAACUGUAUCCUAUUGGAAUGUCAUUUGAGGUUUUUUAAUUACUUCUAACCUGUUUAUCGGUCUCCGUUUUUUUUUUCUUCCCUUUUAUUUCACUCCCGCUUGUCAGUCUUUGGGCAUUUUUCUGUUUACUUCACACCCCUGAAUUUUGUGUUGGGGGUAGCUAUAUCCAUUUGUUGGCAUUGGAUGGAAAGACACUUCAGUGCUAAUCAAAGCACUUGAUGUGUGCUAGUGAAAAAAUGUUUUACUUAUUCAACGCCAUAAAAAAAAAAAAUAGAAAUCUGGUCAUUUGAGACAUGUAAAAAUGUCAUCUUUUCAACAAAAAAAAGUCUAAUUUAAGAUUCUGAAUUCUUGAGAGAUUGGCAUUUUCAAAACUGACUGAUUUUUGCAACAGUUGCCGACCCCAGAUGAUUGCCAUUACUUAUGUUGAACGCUAAAGUUUCUUGCAAGCCAUAAGACAGUAUUUGUUUCUCAAAUAAGGCGUUGUAUGGUGAACAUUAUCAUUCAUUCUCAGGAACGAAACUGGCUUCUUUCAGAAGGCUGGAGUUUUUUUUUUUGCUUUGUUUUACCUAUGAUGUAGAAAAAAAGAGCUGCACCUGGGUUCUCCAGUACAAAAUUUCCUGUACGUACAGAACGCAACUCGAUUUUGCUUAACGAACAAUUAAAAAAGGAAUAUGUUUUUCUUGCUGGAUUUUCUAUUUGCCCUGAUUUGAGGAAAAUGCUUGGAUCAGGUCCAUGCAGCAGGAUUUAAAAAAUGCAUAUUCCUCCUGCAGUUUUUGCCGCUGUUUUGAUUUAGCAGAAAUGUUUCAAAGCUUGUUGUUUGUCUGUGGAACUUUUUAAACAUUGAAUUUUCAGACAAUAUCUGACAUGGAAUCUAUUAACCUGUGAAACAGUAACCACUACGACGACCUUAUUGCGUGGAAUCUGCACGAAUCGUGUAAGUUGGCGUGUUUUGAUAAGGUAGAGGACUACGAAUAAUUCUGUACGUGCAUUUAAAGAACAUUGAUAGAGAGUAAAAUAAUUUAGAGUUUAUUCUGCUAAUUUUCUGUGGUUCGUGCAAUUAACGUAACAAAGCGAAAUGUAAGUCGGAAUCGGUCGGAAUGAAUAGUAAGUAUUGGUGGAAUGGCAACUCGAGCCCUAAGUGUACGUGAUCUACAGUUUUGGCUUAAUGUCAGUAUUCUAGCCAAAAUUCAAAAUGAUUAUGAAAUCCUUUAGGAAACUUGAAAAACGGCUUAUGUUUAACCGUGGGAAAGAAAUUACGGUGUUUUUAUGUUAAACGAGUAAUUUUCUUUGUACUACGUAAACAUUCAGAUUUAAUAAAAUAAUAAUAGUAAUAAUAAAUCUUCAUAAAAUACGAAAUUCUUCAACUAAUUAUAGUAUGGUAAUAGUACGCUUAACUGAUAGCCAGUUUGCCUCACUCGAUGUUAAAUUAAUUGAAAGAUACGUAAAAGUAGCUUAAAGCAUUCAUUUGUAUCCUGACAGUAGACACCAAACUAGAUAAUGGUGAACUAGGAAAACAAGUGGUCUUUAUUUGAGGCAAAAUUUCUCACAACAGUCGUAGCCUAUAAACCGGGUGGUCUAACCAUAAUAUGCUACCAAUUUCACGUCAUAAAUAAUUUUUUAAAAGUAGUGUUAGCAAGGUUGGUAACAGUGUCAGGUUAUCCCAUUACAUUGACCUUUUAUAUUCACAAGAUUUAAAAAGAUGAAAUAUUGUCGUCUGGGAAAUAUUAUAGCGUCAUUGCCACUGGCGUGUUACGGUGUUAGGAAGGCCAAACUGUUGUCGACGUGGAAUAUUUUCUAGAAAUUCUGAUUGACGUGUAAUCCCGUUUAAUCUCAUAACCUCUGGACACGUAAAAUAAGAGCUCGAUAUUUGAAAUAAUAGUUAAGACAAAUUACCAUUUUUACAUGACGACGAAUUUUUAAUUUCAUUAAAAAAAUCUCCAAUAUUACUGAUGAUCACGAGGCAUAAAGUUUUUGUGGGAAAAGCGUGCUUUCAAUUUUUAGUACAAUGGCCUCAUCAUAAUGGGAAGAAACAUGGAACGUAGUUCUUCUUUUCACAAUGUACUUCGAAUCAGUUUUAUACAAUACAGAAACCGUGUGUAGUUUAGUAGCUAAAAUCACUAGCUACCAAACUGUACGUUUUGGCCAAAUUUGGUCAUAUUUUAAUUCCGGGAGAACACAAUAUUGUUAAUUGUUUCAAUGCCCUAACUUUCCCCUACGAUGUUGGAAUCGAUUGCCAAUCCGCGGGUAAGUAUAGAAAAAUUAUAUUGACUAACAUUAUUUUCCGUCUGAUUACUAGAGAACGUUUUUCUGUUAGACCAUUGGCUCACUGUGACAGGAGCGGGCACAAUCUGACAUCUCAGCAAACUUUAUCCGAUUGUUGACUGGAAAAACCUGGAUUAAGCAGAACCAUCAUUUCACUAUCAAUAUAUGAGACAUCGAUUGCCUUUCUCAGUUCUAGAAUAGAUUUUGUGGAAAUGUACUACGUAAUUGUGCUCUGUGCACAUUUUUCCAACUCCUGGACAGGAAAGAUUUUGAAGCCUGCUCACGAGGCAAAGUUCUUUUGUAUAGUCUAGCACAACAAUUUAGUUGUGGUGCGUAUGAGAUGCGUCAUUUAGUGAAUUUUGGUGUUAUAAUUAAUGUUGGUCUUCAUGAUGGAAGCCAAAAUAAGUGGAAGCCGUUUCAAAAAUCUUUUCUGUACGCCCUGUUCCAGAAUUGUGUGCACUACCUUCAGAUUUUAUCAACACGUCGAAUUAUGCAAAUAGUGUAAUCUUGCUGUGUCAUCUAAUCAUCAGCAAAGGAACUUAAAAAACGUGUUGGUUUUUUUGCAUUUGCCAAGACUUUCGCAUUAUCAGCCUAUUAAAGAAAACAAUUUUCACAACACACAAAGAAUUUUUAAAAUUUGGUUGUGAUAUAUCCGAGAUUAGUUAUUUGAAAAUGUUGAAGAUCUUAGAAUUCGAUUUUUUUUUAAUUUUUUUUUAUUUUUCUCUUUUUUUUUUUUUAUAUAUUUUCUACCUAUGAAUCAGUGACUAGCCGGAAAGUUGGCUGGAGUUUGUCUUUAAAUUUUGUGUCGUCGAUGUCGUCUUUGUUGGUUAAACUUAAAAAAUUUAACAGAGGCGGAAGUUCAAACAGCCUAUUAUUAUAGCUGUCCGCUGAACGACAGAAACAAUUAUUUUAAUACUUCCCUAAACAUUACACUAUAUCAAUUUUUCCAUAAUGCUAUAGAAAUAUAAACGCUUACGGAAUGGCGAAGUUAGAUAGUAUACUUUUAUGCAGUGAUCAGCCGAAUCAAUUUUGAUUUAUAGCAUAUUUUGAUUUAAAUCAUGAUUUGAAUCAAUUUUCCAUUAUUUUUGAUUUUUAAUUUGAAUUAGUUUUUGAAAAAUAAUGAUUUUUGAUCUUGAUUUCUCAUUUUUUUUUUACAAAAUUGAUUUUUGAAAAAAGAAAAUUAUUGUUUAGUAAGAAUGGGCUCAGAUUGGCUCUAAUCGGGGUAAACGAACCGCCCCGCCCCGAAAAAGCCGAUCGGGGAACCUCUUCGUUCAACGGGUUGGGGCGGAGUGAAAUUAGAAUUUGUGUUUGAUUUUCAUUUUGAUUCGGAUUUUUGAAUUUUGGUUGUAGAAUGAAUUGGGUUAAAUGGAAUUAGAUUUUUGAUUUUUAAUUCUGUCGACAACGUGAUUUUGACGGCAUUUGAUUCGAAUCAAAAUUUUAAAUGAUUCGGCAACCCGAUCACUGGAGGCAAUGACGGGCAUAAAAUCUUGUAGCCUAUUAAUCGAAAAUUUUAAUUCAAUAAAGUAAAACGCUUCUGCUCUUAAACUAGAACGUUCAACCGGGGGGUUGUCGACUCGUCAUUUGGGUGUACGAAUUAAAAAAUGAACGCUUACGUAUUUUUUCAUAUUUUUCCUUUUUUUUCAUAUUUUUUGUAUUUUCGAUAUUUUUUUUUACAUUUUUUCAAAUAUUUUCGUAUUUUUUCAUAUUUUUUCAUAUUUUUUAAUAUUUUUUCACAUUUUUUCAUAUUUUCCAGAUUUGCUAAAUUUUGUGAAACUUUUUUAGAUCUUUUUUUUACAUGUUUUUCAUGCUUUCUUACAAAAACAACUCUAUUUACCAUUAAAUAAUUAAAAAUGAACAUUUUCUUCAGCAAAUGAAGCCUAAAAUUUAAUUAACUGUAAAAGAAAAGCAAAUCAGCACCGGGACUUGAACUUCAGUACCGUAGAAUCUCUACCCCAUAUCCUAAUUGCCUUAGUACUAUAGUUACCGAUUUCGAUAAAAUUUAAUAGUGGGAUAACAGAAAAUGUUAGUCGUUUCACAAAUAAAAAAAUAAAACAAAAAGAAC